AUGGAAGCUUUACCAUUUAGUCAAGAUUUUUCCUUUGAUGAUGAUUACCAAGGUAAAAGACAUGGUAAUAUCAUCCAUGAUUUAUUUUUAGGUGUUGAAUUAAAUCCAAGAUUUGCUGGUUUAGACUUAAAGUUCUUUUCAUUAAGACCAGCUUUAAUGGGAUGGAUCAUGGUUAACUUUUCAUUAGCCGCCCAAGAAUACAAAGUUUACAAUUCAUUAUCAAGUGGUAUGAUCCUUUAUCAAAUCUUCACAUUUAUUUAUGCCUUUGAUUACUUUUUCUUUGAAGAAUGUAUGUUAUCAACAUGGGAUAUCAUUGCUGAAAACUGGGGUUGGAUGUUAAUUUGGGGUGAUUAUGUUUGGAUUACUUUUGCAUUUGCUGUUCAACCAUGGUUCUUAAUUUAUAACAGAGUUCACUUAACUUUAAUUCAAAUGAUUGUUAUUUCAACUAUUUUUGCUAUUGGUUUCUAUGUUUUCAGAUGUGCCAAUUCACAAAAACAUCAAUUCAAAACCAAUCCAAAAGCUUUAAUUUGGGGUAAAAAACCAGAAACUAUUGGUGGAAAAUUAUUAGUUUCAGGUUUCUGGGGUAUUUUAAGAAAACCAAAUUACCUUGGUGAUUGGAUCGUUGCUUUUUCAUUCUCAUUCCCAUGUCUUUUCAACACUCCACUUGUUUAUCUUUAUCCAAUGUAUUUAGUUAUCCUCAAUUCACAUCGUCAAUACAGAGAUCAUCAAAAAUGUUCAAAGAAAUAUGGUGAACUUUGGAAGGAAUAUUGUAGACGUGUUCCAUAUGUUGUUUUACCAUAUUUAAUUUAA